GGACAAUUUGUGCACUACCAACCUGCGGAACUCUUCUUCUACAUUCUCUCUCUCUCUCUCUCUCUCUCUCUAUAUCCACCAUGAACCACCACCGUCUACGAGCACCUUCGCCUACUUUGUCACCUUCCCGGUCCCUUCCGGUCGGCUGAUUCGCGUCUCAAUUCACAUUCUCAUCCCUGCCCUCCGAUCUGCCCCGCUUCGUCAGAGUUGAUUUGGCUCUGAAGCUCGAAAAUGGAGCCUAUGGACAUCGUUGGGAGAGCGAAAGAGGAUGCUUCGCUUCCCAAAGCAACUAUGACAAAAAUUAUUAAAGAGAUGCUUCCCCCAGAUGUUCGUGUUGCCCGAGAUUGUCAAGAUCUUUUGAUUGAAUGUUGUGUAGAAUUUAUCAAUCUUAUAUCAUCUGAAUCUAAUGAAGUUUGUAAUAAAGAGGAUAAACGAACAAUUGCACCAGAACAUGUACUCAAGGCUCUAGAGGUCCUUGGCUUUGGGGAGUAUAUUGAAGAAGUUUAUGCAGCAUAUGAACAGCACAAAUUUGAAACCAUGCAGGACUCAGUUAGGGGCGGGAAAUGGAGCAACGUAGUUGAAAUGACCGAAGAAGAAGCAUUGGCUGCGCAACAGAGGAUGUUUGCUGAGGCACGGGCAAGGAUGAAUAAUGGCAUUACAGUUCCAAAACAAUCUGAGCCCGAACAAAACACAAACAGCUAACUUUAGGACCUUCAAUUCUGGAGCUCUAGGCAAGCACUCCUUGGCUCAUUUCAAUUAGAUCUUCUCUCUUCUGAUAUGUACAGAAGGCUCUUGGCUAAUCCCUCCCGUCAUAUUUGGACUUUAGUUCAAUUUGUAUCCUGAAUUAUGUCCAUAUGUUUCUGUAAUUAUUACGCUUGAUUAAAAACUUGUCUAAUGGUGCAUCGAAUAUUUCUCAUAUAGUGGAAUGCAAUGAACUGGUGGCAUGAGGCACUA